AUGGAAUGCAUGGUGGAUUGUACAGCCGAGACAAAAACUUGUGGUAAAUAUGGUGUUAGCGGUUUUCCAACGUUGAAAAUCUUCCGAAAUGGCGUGUUCGCACAAGACUAUGACGGACCACGAGAAGCGGAAGGUAUUGUCAAGUACAUGCGAGGACAAGCUGGACCCUCAGCAGUGGAAUUGAAGAGUUAUGAGCAGUUUGAGAAGUUCGUCGAUACUGAUGAAAUGAGUGUCGUUGGUGAGUCGUCUUCAGUGUUUAUUUCGUGA